AUGAAGAAAAUUUCUCUAAUAACCCGAUAUCUCAGCCACCAAAUUGAGCAUAUGAUAUGUGAAGUAUUCUGUCCCAAUUCUGUAUGUUGUGUGAAAAAGCCAUUGAUAGGAAAAAGAAAUCCGUGCAGAGGAAAACGAUAUUUCAAAUCAAGUGGCUCUUCAACAUACGUUAACGAGUCUGGUAGGUGGAGUACAGAGUAUUUGAUUGGAAGUGCGAAAGGCUUUUAUGGAAAUGACACAGUCCGUUUUGGCGGCGUUGGCACUAAGCAACUUGUUGUGAAUGGAACAAAAUUUGGUCAGGCUAACAUCAUAUCUGAUGUAUUUGCGUACUAUUUGAUUGGAAGUGCGAAAGGCUUUUAUGGAAAUGACACAGUCCGUUUUGGCGGCGUUGGCGCUAAGCAACUUGUUGUGAAAGGAACGAAAUUUGGUCAGGCGAACAUCAUAUCUGAUGAAUUUGCGUACGUAAGUUAUUCUGUUAUUUACCAACAUGUUUUAUACGAUGUCAUUAUACGUCAUUUGCUGAAAAUAAUGGGUUGGGAAACUUUGUUUGGUAUUUCACAUCACAAUUAAAC